CGCCAUUACAAAACUUAGAAGAGGACAAUUGUACUUCGAUUGUCUCUUGUAAAUCGAUAUCUGCAAAAUUUUUCGACAUUUUUUCCGCAGUUUGUUGAUUCUGUAAUUAAUGCGAGCGUUUGAAAACGAUAAAGACGAGAUGAACAUAAACUUGAGAUUUAUUAUUUAGACUAUUUAGAGUAUUUAGACAAUGAUCUCGAUUUUGAGCUCAUUCUUCGGAUUUCGAUAAGAAACACGAGGGGUUCUUCGUCGGUCCUUCUUUUAUCACAAAGAGGUGGGUGCUGACAAUUGAAUAAGUAAACACAAAAUUCAUUUCUACCAGAACGAUCCAUCAAAACUUUUGAAUUAGGCCCGUCAGAGUUUUUCCUUGCUCUUUGUUGGGGCGCCCUUUUGUCUUUGUUCCUUCUUGCUUUCUUGUGCCUAAUGUACAUAACACAUGGCCAAGCUCUCAAGUAUAUAACGUUCUGUAGCCUGAUUUUUUUUAUAGCUCAUCAUAUAUUAUCUCUUCUAUAAAAGUACAUACUAAUUGUAAGAUAUCUAAUCUUUGUAUUUAGUUUAGAUAUAUAUUUUGGAAGGCCUUUUGGAGAGUUAUUUACAAAUUUCUUAUAGACAAUCCUUCCUUCUUUAUUAUUUCUACAGAAAAUAAAGCCAUGUCUAAGAUAUACAGUUAUUCUGUUGUCUGUUAAUAUCUUACUCCGACAUUUUCUGUGUGAAAAAGCAGGUCCCUAAAUGCUUUUGUAUUUGUCCGGAUGUUUUUAUCCUUCAGAAAUUUAGUAUUCUUUAAAAAACUUGUAUUUUGCAUUUCGGCGAAAAGGCAUGUCUCGAGAUACUUGAUUAUUUUUUUUAAGUGUUGAAAACUCCUCUGAAAUUCUUUCUCUUUAUUUUCAUAACGGAAAUGCGAAAAAUAUCGUAAUGUCAAUUUAACUUCGAGCUUACGAUUUAAUGUGAGAACGCCGAAUUGUCGCUGCAAGACAAUUUCCGUCCGAAAAGUUACACAAUUAUCAGGAUACAAUUUUAAGCCGGAAUAAGCAUAUGACGGACGUCUUUUAAAACGCAAACGAGUGCCCGCGGCUAUUUUAACAGGAAGACUUAUUCGAGAAACCAGUUUUUUUUUGUCGGCGUAAAGUUGAAGUUUUUCGAUUUGGCAGAGGUAUGACUCAAAUUAUAAUUCGAUUUCGUCAUUGUAAUUGCAUAAACAUAUACGACGUGUUAUUUUUAAAUCAUUGAAAAGUUAUCGAAAUUAUCGAAAAGAAUUUGAGAGUAAUGUGUUAUUGAAAAUGGAAUUAUCGCAUAUGGAAAAAAAGUAAAAUAACUUUAAUUUUUACUGACUUAAAAAUUUAGAUAAUGGCGAAUACAUAAAAGUGAAUUGCUAAAUCAUCGUUGAUAAUGCAGCAAUUUAAAAUUCAAAUCACGUCAAGUUCUACUGCAAGUUUAAAAAUAGCUAUUAAUUCAAUAAUUCUAAUAAAAUAAAGGAAUGAUCUUAUUUAAAAUUAUUAAUAUCGAGAUAAUAAUAAUAUCUUAACCGAAGACAAUUAACAAGACCUUUAAAGGCUCGAUCAACACGUUUCGGAUCUUCAGAUGUUUUUUUUUCAAUUAAAAAUUUUCAAUUAAACGGUUUUUUCGGCAACGGAUUUUUGAGAUCAUAGUCAAAAGGAGGCCUCGCGAAUGGACACUCGAUUGCGUGAUCGCUCGCCAAUUAAUCUUUGACCUCGAGUUAUGCGUGUGACGUUAGCUUCUCGUGACAAAUUGUCUCUCGAAUGUCGUAAAGACGUCGCCGCGUCGCGUUGGUGGAACUGAAUACUUCUUCCGCACACCCGCGCCAUCGUUAUCGCACAUACAUAUGUCCUUUGUCUACCGGUAUCUUCAGCGAAGAAAAACUGGCAAAGAGAGAUAAUUAUUCUCGAAUCGACGAUUAUUAACAUAAUCGUCAUUAUGGACAUUUACGUACUCGUCUCGUAGAAUAAACAAAGAUUGCUGGACAUAACUUCAAAAUCCCCUCGCUAUCUGCUUUGGCACGAGAAACGCAUCACGUGUGCGCGACGCGAAAUGAUCGAUGAUGUAACUCGUGCAUGUCGUAGCACAGAAAAUGAUCAUGAUUCCAAAUCGGAACGCAAGGAAGCUAUAAAGUAGUCUCGCGAGUGUUUCAACUAGGAUUUGACGAUCUAGUCAUCUCGCAAAUUUGAUUAUCGGACCGUUGUGCACUGUUUAAUCAAUAGGAUAACAAGCGUGGAGCGGGAGGCAUCGAAGAACAUCGAGGAGAACGAGCGAGAGUGCUUUAAAGAUGCGAUCGUCUCGAGUCGGAGUCUCAAUAGAGGUUUCGUCGAACCGACGAACCUUAGAAAUGCCAUUCGAGAGAUCAUGGCCUGCAUCACCGCGGCGUCUUUCCACAUAGCGGUGGGCUUCACAAUGGCAUAUUCAGCAACUCUCAUUCCUCAUCUCGAAAAGAAGGACGCGCCGUUGUACGCCACGAAGGAGCAAACUUCCUGGAUAGCCAGUCUGGCCGUCGUGAGCGCGCCGGUUGGUGCAUUAUUAGGCGGCGUCCUGAUGGAGAUGUUUGGUCGAAUGAGAACUCUGCAAAUCAGCGCGAUUCCCGCUGUGAUCGGUUGGAUCCUCAUCGCCACAUCGGUCAAUAUACCGAUGUUGCUGAUCGGUCGUUUGUUAACUGGAUUAGCGACCGCCCUGGCGACCUCGCCAGCAAUCGUCUACAUCACCGAGGUAGCCAGGCCGGAAUUGCGCGGCUCCCUGAUUUCAUUCGGACCGACGUUGGCAUCAUUCGGCAUGGUGCUGUGUUACGUGAAGGGCGCUUACAUACAAUGGAGAAUAGUCGCCUAUAUCACCCUCUGCUACUCGCUCGUACCCAUCUUCCUGGUGCAGUUUCUGGUGCCGGAGUCGCCCGUUUGGCUCGUCUCGAAGGGCCGCAUCGACGCCGCCAGGAAGUCUCUGGACUGGCUUUACAAGAACGAGGUAUCGCAAAACAAGACGUCGGUGGCCGAGGCGCAAUUUAGCAAUAUUAUGAGGGAACACCAAAUUAAAUUGAACGAGGAACGGCGGAGCAAACGCGGCAACGCGUUCAGUAAAUGGCGGGGAUUCCUUAAACCGACCGGAUGGAAGCCCAUGGCGAUACUCUUCCUGUUCUUCGCGUUUCAGCAGUUCUCUGGAAUUUACAUCACGCUGUUCUACGCCGUGACUUGGUUCCAAGAAGCGGGCACGGGGGUGGAUGAAUACCUAGCAUCGAUUUUGGUGGGCCUGACGCGUUUCCUGUGCUCCAUGGUGAACACUUGGCUACUGAGGCGAUACAGGAGACGAUCAUUGUGCAUAAUAUCGUCCUUCGGGAUGGCGCUGUGCAUGAUCGUUUCCGGUUACUUCACGCUAAACAUCCAGAAUGGCGAUCGAAGCGGAUACUGGGUACCGGUAGCUUGCCUGCUACUUUACGUGUGCACGUCGAUGGUCGGGAUGUUGACCAUUCCGUGGACCAUGACGGCGGAAUUGUUCCCGACCGAAAUCCGCGGGAUCGCCCAUUCCAUCAGUUUCUCGAUGGCGAAUCUGCUCAUGUUCGCCGCGCUGCAGAGCUAUAGAAGCUUGCAAGCUUUCCUGGGAGGCUCGUACGCGGUGCAGUGGUUCUUCGCCGGCGUUUCCGUAGGAGCAGCUAUCUUUGUGUGGCUACUGCUGCCGGAGACGCACGGAAAGAAGCUGUCAGAGAUCGAGGAGUACUUUCAUAACAAUUUCCUGGCCGCAGGAGCGGAGGCGAAGGACCGAAAACGGCGAGCCGCGAGAAGGGCUCAGCAGAAGGCGAAAUCAUCGGCGACCGAGCCGCUUAAUCCGAAACCCGUGCAGAAUGUUUAAGUUCUCUCUUUCUCUUUCAUUUCCCUCGUCGUUCUUUUAUCACGACCCGCGAAUUUUGUAUUGAACGCAGAGUUGAAAUUGUCUCGGAGACGGUGACCGUAUCCAAAAAUCGGGCAACCAGCCUCGACGAAUUUUCUAACUUACGUGCGGCCGCUAAACCGCACGACCGAGAUAUAAUAGCUUUAGCCGCGCAAAAUGUCGUUUUGAUACUAAUGAUAUAAUUAGUAAAAUUUAUUCGACGUAAAUCGCAUCUGGCGUGAACAACUGACGGGAAUAUAUGGCAGAGUGUCAAAAACUUUACGAACGGGACGAUAAAUGAAGCACGAGGCUAGAUCUGGUACCAGUCUCGCGCCUCGUUGCUUUCAUUUAUUCUCAUAAUUUAUUGUUAUACAAUUCAGAGUUUGAUCUAAGCGCUCGCGCGUGACACGCGUCGUACGAUAAAAAGCGAAGGCGAGCAGAAAAUAUAUUUUUCCGAUGUUUCUGCUCUUCGCCGGAUCGCCGGACUAGAGCUGAUAAGAUACUGUUAAUGUAACGUUAUUGCGUAAUGAGGGAGAGAAAGAGAGGAAGAUAAUUAAUAUACGUCGCGCGAGAUUUGCGUUUUAUCGAAGGAAUCGUAACACGCUCCGCGCGAGAGCGUCCAAGCAUAGUGCCUCCAAUUUUUCCUUUCCUACGAGAAUUUCGCGUGAGGAUUUAUCGUUACAGUAUUAUGCCGAUCUGAUGUCUCGCAUAGGUUAUAUAUUCUUGCAGCAGAAUCACGAUGUGAAGGAUUCUCCGCUUUUUUAAAUUGCCGCUCGAUUUUAUUUUAAUGGCGAGGCUCCGAGAGAAGAGAAACAAUUUAUACAAACGUUAACACAGACGAUUUUACGUUACGUAACAAACACCAUGGGUGCGAUUGUGCCUCUGAAGCUUUAUCCUGUGAAAGAUGAAAACUGUGUAGCAAUAGCAAAUUUCCUGAUCGGGAAUAAUUCCUUCUCGACGCGUAGAGCCUCGCUGCGUUCGAGCGGGUUUUAUUGUUAAGCGGACAAUCCGUUCGCUUGUGGCGCCGUUUACUUAGGACAGAUACUUAGAUCAUUCAAGAGAUAUUUUAGUUUAGCGCCAUUAAGAACCAUUUAGACGGAGCGAGACGUUGUUCAUAAAAAGACGCGCUCGCAAGACAGUGGCCACAACAUAUUCAUAUUUCAUUCAUAAUAGCAUAUUUCGUGCAGACACUUCAGUGAAAAACAGCGACAUAAAUACAGCCAUAAUUUGCCGCUCGCGUAUCAAUAAUCAAAUCUGUAAAAUAACUACACUGUAAUUUAAUGAAAUUGUAAAUCAAAUAGCAAGUCAAUAAAUUGUUGCGUGGAUCAGAUAGUCUUACACAAUUUUGCAAGAUCGUUCCGUCUAAAUAGAUUUUGAGGGAGGGACUCGUCAUGCGACGGACGGCAUCCGCCGGAAGGAUCCGAUCGGCGAGCCAGACUUUAUAUAUUUUUAUACGUUGAAGUACACGAUAUGCCAUAUACAAAUGUGAUAAGCUAUAAUAAGAGACGUCCCUUCCCACGAUUUUUGGCUCGCGCCGUCAAGAUAAGUUUCAUCUCUGACCGCGGAUGACUGGUUUCAUCGCGGUUAUGCGGGCGAUUAUUCACGGUCCAAUUUUCUAUGCAUUUACAAAGAUCGUCUAAGUACGAGCAUUUUCAGAUAAUCGUCUCAAAAGGGUUACUUUUUUAUUGCCUGGAUGGAUUAGACUUGAGAAUUCGACCUAAAACUUAAGAUCUUAGAUCAUAAACUUAGAUCUUAUCCAUAAUCCGAUUUUCUCAGCAGGACCAUGAAUAACGCCCUAUAUAUGUUUAAAUUAAUUUAUUGUUCAAUUGAUCGUUCUAACAGGAACAGACGAAGAAUGGACGAGAAGCCAAACUCGAUGCAGCCGGCCAUCGACUUUUAUCACAUGUGAUACCGUUUUUUCCAUUAUUUUAUUCUUAUUUUUCCGCGCAAUGGUUGAGCUUUAAUGUUACGAAUUUAUUCAUAGCGAGAGGGACUUCCGCCCAAGAUAUAUUCAUUCGCGAAAAGAGCAAACUCACUAAGAUCUUGCGUUUCUGUGAAUCGAUACUGUCUGUUCACAGCGAACAUAUUCAGAGAUUGAAUCGUAUUUUACGUGUUUCCGAAGAGAUCGCUGUCGCAAAAAAUGUCAAUUCAAAUAACGGGAAAUUUCAUCCCUUCAUUUUCUUUUCAUUCUACUGUUCCUCUUCGUGUAUACGCGAUGAUAUUUAGUGUACAUCGUAUAUCGUUGUACGAGCUUCUACAGUAUACCACGAUGCCAUUGUUUAUAUUGAACAUUUUAAUAAAGCAUUUGUAAUACAAAGCA